CAACUUCCGGUUGUCUACGGUUGCUUAGCAACAUGCUUCAUACACAAUAAAGGGAAUCGAAUCCGCGAAUGUCAGUCGCGGGUUUGACUUUUAGAAUAAACUACAGGAAAGUUUUUAUUUCCUAUUUAUAAAGCCUUCAGUGUGAAGAUGAAGAGAGCUGUGAAACCUAAGGAUGAAGAGUGGGGAGAGUCUCCACAUGAUGAAGAGGAACCUGAGGAACGUGAGGAACCUGAGGAUGGUGCCGAGGGUCCUUCUGACAUCCGUGUGUCUCAGCAGGAGCGAUCGACUGAGCGAGACGAAUCCAGCACUGACCUCUCACACACUCACACCCCCGCCAGCAUCAUCACACACACACACUCCGAGCAGGACAGUGGAAGUGUACCAGAACCUCCAUCAUCAUCUCUUUACCUCACACUGGCCGACCACAACGCGGCGGCUUUGGCAGAAAGUGAGGAUGAAGAGAGAACAAGACUGAGCCAUGAUGAUGAUGAUGCUGGUGAUGAUGGUGAUGAUGGUGAUGAAGAUGAAGAUGAACUGAUCGUGUUGGAUCCUGAGCACCCGCUGAUGACGAGGGUUCAAGAAGCUGUGAAGAAGCUUUUCACCAGGCAAAUGGAGAUACUAGACCUGAAGCUCCGUGAGGAGGUGAUGGAGCAGCGGGUGCAGAUGUCGGGGCACGAGGAUCUCGGCGUCAGACUCUAUAGUGCCCAGCAGGAUCUCUCCAGACUGCAGGUCCUUCUGGAUGAUCAACACGAGAGCAGCAAUGAAGCCAUCAGAGACAGGAGUCACAUUCAGGACCAGGUGGAGAACAUCAGGAACCAGUACAACAACACAACAGCACAGAACAACAAGCAACGCACACAGGUAUCAGAGCUGCAGUCGGAGAUGGAGGUUCUCGCUCUGCGUCAGCUCUACAUGCAGGAGAUGACAUCUGACCUGCGCUCGGACGUCGCCGCUGUAAAAAAGGCCAAGAACAGAGCACAGGCGGAGAAGCGCCGAGUGGAACACCAGAAACACCAGCAGGAUCUGUAUGUAGAUCGUCUGACGAGGCAAGUGGAGAAGCUGAGGGAGAACAUUGCUCUGCUGCAGGUGCAAAUGCAGGCACAGAGCAACGACAGGGGAGCAUCUGGAGACGCUCUCGCAGAGACUCAGUUGGAGAUCGACUCUAUGGCAGUGGAGAGGAAGCAGCUCCUUCAGCAGUGGAACAGUUGCUUGAAGGAGAUAAAGAGUGAAGACGAGGUGUACGCCCAGCUGCAGGAGUCACUGCGGUCGGCCAAUCACGAGGUGAGAGCUCUGGAGACGGAGGGGGAGGGGUAUAGACGCUCGAUCACACAAGAGCAGGAGAGGAACGAGUCUCUGACGGUUCAGGGCAAUCGUGCCGAAUCAAACUGCGCCACCUACAGGAAGCUCGAUUCAAACGCAGCCACAAAACUGGAGGCUCUGCAGAACCUCUACACCACAAACACACGCAUGCUUCAGGAGAUCGAGAGGACCCUGACCAGAGUGACUACGGAUCAGUCAGCACAUCAGUCAGCGCUCACUGUUCUGGGGAAGCAACUGGAGAAGGAGGCGUUCACACGUUUGGAACUGGAAGAGAAGAUCAUGAGGAAGAUGCAGGAGCAGCACACACACGACAACACUGCCAAACACACACACCAUCUCAGCACCAAGACCAUGGCUCUGCAGAGGGAAAAUGAUGCCCAGAUUUCGAAGGUUGAGAACGAGUUAGCUUUACUGGCGCUGGAGGCCAGUGAUGUGGAGCUGCAGGUCGAAGCUCUCUCUAGCCUGCAGCUGGAGCAGGAACAGGAAGUGAUGAAACGGAACCAGCUGCUCUCCACCAAUGAGGCGGCGAUGGCGAAACUCAUAUUCACCAUUGAGCGCAAACAGGUCACCAUCAACACGUGGAAAAAGAAGAUCGAGCAGAUCAGGGCGAGCACAGGGCAAGAAGACCUGGGCCCUCUGGAGAUCGAGGUGAGGACUCUGAGUAAGAAGCUGGAGGAGCUCGAAGCUGAAAUGAAGGAGCAGCGUCACUUUUGGCUCUGGCAGCAGGGGGAGCUAGUGAGUCUGAGCCAGGAGAAACAUGCAGAAAACAGUGCAAAGCUAAUGCUGAACACAAAGCUCACCAUCCUGCAGCAGAGGAAGCUUCGCACAAAGGGUGAGUGUGAGCAGGAGGAGCGUGGUCUGGCUGAGAUGGAGCGACACUUUGAUGUUUUGAGGCUGGACAUGCAGAAGCUAAGCGCACUCGUGAACCAGAACACACAACUAAAAGAGCAACUGGAGAAGAACAACAUCCUGAUGGAGAACAGCUUCAUACACACAUUCAAAGAUGCCAAUAAGAAGUCUGUAGAGACACAGCUACAUCUAGAGAAGAUCCAGGAAGAAAAAGAGCAAUCACUGAACAGCCUAGUGGAAGCAGAGCGGCAGAUCAUGUUGUGGGAGAAAAAAAUUCAGCUGGCACAUGAGACUCGCUCAGCUGUAGAUUCAGAGUCUGGAAAAGGGGAUAUAAACACCAUGAAAACUGAGAUCCACCGCAUGGAGGGGUAUUGCAGCCAGCUGUUGAAACAGCAGGAGAAGAUGUUGAGGGAGAUGGAGGCAGCAGUCGCUCGGACUGAGAAUAUCGCAGCACGCAGUGAUGCUCUGGCGAGCAGCGACCGCAAACCCUCCACACACUCCAGCCUCCAGAACACACUGCACAACCUCCGGCGCGAAAUCAUCCAAUCACACAAGCAAGCAGGGGAAUAUGAUGCACUAAUAGCACUGCUGCAGCAGGAGCAGAAUUCUCUCACUGAGACACUGAGAGAAAAACGGAUGCAGAUCACUGAACUCAACAAAACUAUCUCCAGCCAAACUGAUGACCUCAGCAACAUGCAGGACAUCAAACAGAAAAACCUGUUUCAGCUGUUGACUCUGCAGUCUCGGGUGAAGCAGCUGCAGGCUGUGAGGGACGGUCGCUACAGCCCCUGGGCGAGCGGAGAACAAGCGCUGCAGCUCGCCACGCAUACGAUGCAGCAAGAACUGCGCUCGAUCAGGGACGUUCUGCUGCACAUCAUCCAGGACUUUCCCGAUCAUAAGGCUCUGCUCCACAGGAUCAAUCUUAUGAUCUCUACACACACAGACUCGGCCCAGGGGAGAAACUAACUUUUGACUCCAGAUUCUCUGACCUCUGUUUUCUGUCCACAUUCUAGAACAUCAUGUGUGUGAGAUAAAUAGAGAACGACUGCUGUUCACCUUGUCGGUACAGCAGCAGGAGGGUGUGGUCUAAUUCCCACACAUCUCUAAUAAAAGUGAACUGAAGUAGUGAAGUAAA